AUAUACGACAAUGCAAGUUUAAUGUUUGAAGUGUUACAUGAGCUGAGGGAAGCUUAUUCGUUGGUUUCUUAUAGGAUAAGUAUGUUGAAUAAUAAAUAAAACACAGAAACGAAAAAGGGGUUUAUUGCAAAGAAUUAUGGAGAAUAAUAUUAUUCUAUCCGAAAUUGAAUUGAGAAAACAAUUAUUCGAAGCAAAGGCCGAAACCAAAUUAUGGAAAAACAGAUAUUUGAAGAUGUCACAAGAGAAGUCAAAUCAAUUACAAACAAUUGAAACGAAUCUCAUGCUGUUGGAAGCAAAGUUGCUGCAAGAACGAAAAUCAAUUAAAAAAAAACUGAUUCAACAGAAUCGCCUUUUAAAAGAACAAAAAGAUAAAAUAGAAAAACUUACUGCAGUGAAUCAGAAGUUGCUUGCUGCUAUGAUGGUAAUCAGAUAUCAGAAACCUUCCAGAGAGCAAAUUCGAAACGGUUCAAUGAAAAAGAGCAAUAAACAUUUAGACACCGAUAUUUUCAAAUUAGAGGAUACGUUGGACAAGAAAACGGACACUUCUGAACCCAGAAAAACAAAUAGACAUACGAUUCAUAAUCCCCUUUCAGUGAAUGGAAGCGAAUUGAUAGCCUGUCGAGCAAGGGCUUAUGCAGAUCAAGUAGGCAGGUCCGAAUCGGAGAAAAGUCCACGAACGUAUUCAGAGAAAAAGUCUUUAACAAAACGCCCAGCUCACAGAUCACAAAGUUUACCACACGGAAAAUAUUCGAUCAUGCUUUAACUUCAUCAGGCUAAAAUUCUUGGUGAUACAUAAAAAAUGUGGAUCCGAAUUUAUACAAAGCUUAUCGACAUCUAAGUCAUCCAAUGUAUGUACCUAUGUUCGGCCACGAGACAUGUGAAGUAACUUUCUGCUGAGAUAUCUUCAGCACAAAAUGUCAAAAUAUAAGACGCAAACUGGAAGCAGAAGCAAUAUUCCUACUGGUAAUUCUACUAUAAAAUAUCGUGAAUAUUGCAAAUUGAAAUCCUCAAUAGUCACGAUGCGAUUAGGUAUUACUAGAUUUUUAUUUAAAUGAAUUCCCAUUGGAUAAUGUUGAGCACAUCGUGCAGGAAAAAAAAGGGUGCUCAUUUUUACGAAUUCGCGCAAUAAUUGUGCUACUUUACGAUAAUUAUUUAACUAUCGCGUCUAUUGCUUUGCUCAUUCUUCAUGCUUUCUCUUUUAUUUAUUUGCCAAAUAUACACUGUGUAAUUUAUCUUUCGCUUCAAUAAAUGACGACGUUUUUUGA